GUGAAAUAAGAUAAGGUUUAGGAAUAUUCCCAAGGCACAGUAUUUGUAGCAUUUAUAAUGAGUGUGAUGUGCUUAGUGUUUACUGAUCCAGUAGAACUGGUCCUGUUAAGUUUGAGUCAGUUAGUCUGAUGGGGUGGGAUGAUGACUGGGAGGCGCCUGCCCUCUAAUUACCCCCUGUUUCUACCAAACACCUCUUUGUUUACACCCUAAGGAGAGUCAAGUCCAGGCAGUGCUGCUAGCUGCGAACAUUUCACUAAACUACCAGAGCCAUGUCUGUUUUUGUGCUCAGCUCUCUCAUGCUCUUCAGUGUAGUUUAUGCCUCCGACCCUGCGGAUCCAGUUCUGCUCGGACCUCCAACCAUCGGGUUCAGCUCUUCGGUCCGCUCGGUUUGUAAGCCUAUCCCCAGCACGUUGUCUCUGUGCCAAGGCAUCGGCUACCGGCGUAUGUGGAUCCCCAACCUGCUCGGCCACGACUCCCUGAAAGAGGCCCAGCAGCAGUCGGCCGCCUGGCUGCCGCUCAUCUCCAAGCUGUGCCACCAGGACACCAAGAAGUUCCUGUGCUCGCUGUUCGCCCCGGUGUGCUUGCCGGAGCUCGGCGGGCCCGUGAGCCCCUGCAGGAGCCUGUGCGAGGCCGUGCGGGACGGCUGCGUGCCCGUGAUGAGCGCCUUCGGGUUCCCCUGGCCCGAGAUGUUUAAUUGCUCUCGGUUCCCGAGCGGGACGGAGCUCUGUAUCCCAGCAACCGGACAGCUGGAGGAGCGGACUGAAGAGGAGGUCAGGCGCGAGGAGGAGCUGAAAGGGAGUAUCAUCUGUGAUGCCUGCUCUCUGACUGCUGAAGGAGAGUCUGACAUCCAGGAAAACUUCUGCCACAGUCCAUACGCUUUAAAGAUGCGUCUGGACAGUGUCUCAACAGUAGGAGGCGACCGUCAGCUGGUGCCUGUGGCCCGCAGCCGCAUCCUGAGGUGGGCAGGGGGAGGUGCAGAGAGGGCGCAGGAGUUUGGAGGCGCAAUGACCCACAGGGCUCUGUGGCUGCAGGAAGGAGGCUGUACUUGUCCCGGCUUAGACUUGGUAGAGACAAACAACAAGCAAGAGCAAAAUGAGGAGCUGGUUGACAAAAAAAAGGCAAAGAGAGGAGGAAGGCUGGAGAACAGACCCCAAGAUGGAUGGUUCCUGGCCCUAGCUCAGGCUGAAGAAGGAAGACUCAUUUUGACUCGACUCGUUAAGUGGACCCGAGAGGACAAAGAGCUAAAGAAGUUCAUCAGAAGUCUUCUGAAGAAGCCUUGUCCAGAGCUGUAAACAAGUAGCCGUUUCAGUUCGCUGCAGAAUGGAGCCGGUAUGCUAUUAGCAGUAACAUUUUAUAUUUAUUUGCCUAAAUCUAACAGACACAACCAUUCCUAAAUACUACAGCUGAGAAAAAGAGAGACAACAUCACAAAAAUAUUCACCCUUAAAGACUGAGUAGAUACUCCCACCUGGCAUAAGUUGUAUGACACCCUUAAAAUUUUGUGAUUUAACUGCUAGGGAUUAUUAAAAUUGUAAAUAUUCAGAAUUGGAUUUGUAUUCUGAUGAAGUUAGAAUUUAACCCAUUUUCCAUUACAGCGGACAUCAUGCAUUAGUAGUCUUUUAAUUGAUUUUGAGAAUAUUCCAACUGGAGUAAUUGUUUCUAUAGUAAAAGCUUAUUUUGACGAUAACCCAUAGUUUUUUGUGAAUAAAGCAAUUUAUUUUAUUAAUUAGUUUGCUUUUUUUUUGCAUUACCACAUCUUUUUCUAACAAGGUAGGCAUAUUUACAUGACAAAAAGACUUAGAGGAAGCGAAGUAUAUCUAAUAUCUAAGUUGAAUAGGUUUGGUGCAAGAAAUAAAUGUAGUAACAAUGAAUCUGAAGAUGGGCAGUAAGGAUGCUGAAGUAGUUUAAGUAGCUGAUGAUGCUGAGGAUGCACUAGCUGACAACUCAAGGACAAAAGUAAAAAAACUUUAAACAUAAGAAAGCAUAAAAAAAAUACCUUCAGUGUGGGAAGCUUGUUUUUGUGUUUGUACUGACAAAUGUGUCCAUUUCCUAUUCCAUUUAGUGCAAUAAGCAAAACAUCUGCUGGUUUUGUUAGAAAUGUUAAUUAUUGAAAAGGCAUAGUUCAACAGGGGGCCUGGGGAGGAUCUGAAGAGUUAAGGCAAGAAACUAAAUGGCUGAGGGGACAGAAGCAUCAACAGAGGAGAACAUUUUUUUAUGACACUGAACAACAUUAGAAAAUUGUAAACUAUGAGGCCGCUUUUAUCCUUUUCACCGUGUGAAAUGGUAUUAGCUCUUUUUCACAUACACAUUUCCAGUUCUAAAUGCAUGUUUCCCAUGUUUUGAAAGUAUGAAAUAAUAAUAAAAAAUAUAUAUAUCUGGCGUUAUCAGUUUUCAGUUCAAGUUGUCCACAGCCUGAUUGUUACACAAUUCAGACUUGCAAGAUGCUACUUUAUUUGAUUUGUUAUGUUUUAGAAAACCUUUCAACUCUGAAGAAUGAGACAUAGAGCUGUAUUCUGAUUGUUGGCAGUUUCAACUAUUUGUGGUGAAGUUGCACAGGCAGUGAUGGUGAUGCAACGUUUGGAAAGUUACUAUUUCACAUCAAGUGUAGCCUUUCAACGACAAUGUUUGUGGAGUUUGACUUGCAUGCAGAAAGAAAAUAUCCACAUCAUAAAGAAAUUCUCAAGUCAUAUUAAUUAACUUUUUUCAUCCAAUUUGUAUGUAUCUCACAUAGUUUUGCUAUGUUUGAAUAUUCCCCUCUGUAUUUAAUUAAACCCCAUCAGUGUAUUA